AUGGCUUCUUCUAUCACUAGCAGCGGCAGCAAGACUCUGCGUGUCCUGCUAUUGCCCCACUUUGCGACUGGCCACAUCCACCCCUUCACCGAGCUUGCCGUUAGCCUCGCCGCGUCGUCUAGCCCAAACGCCACCGUAGAAGCCAUCAUCGCAGUCACGCCGGCGAACGUUCCGAUCGUCCAGUCCUUGCUGGAGCGCCAUAGCGCAGCAACUGUCAAGAUAGUUACCUAUCCGUUCCCAACGGUGGAGGGCCUGCCCAAGGGUGUCGAGAACCUUGGGAAGGCGGCCACUCAGGCGGAUUCUAUGCGCAUCAACAUCGCCGCCUCGACCGAAUCCCUGAUGCGCCCCGUGCACGAGACGCUCGUCCGGGCGCAGUCUCCAGACGCCAUCAUCACCGACUUGCUCUUCACCUGGAGCGCCGACAUCGCCGACGAGCUCGGCGUGCCAUGUGUCACAUUCCAUGUCACCGGCGCCUUCUCGAUGCUCGCCAUGCGCCACCUCAUGAUGGAGGACGCCGCGAUCGACGGAGAUGACACGGUGACGGCCCCUCCGUUCCCGACCCCUCAGAUACGGGUCCCGAGGACCGAGCUGCCCGACUUAUCGAUAUUUCGAUACGUCUUCGGCAAGGUUCAUUCCAUGCAAGCUGCCUGCUUCGGCCUCGCCGUCAACACAUUCUCAGGCCUGGAGCAGCAGUACUGCGACAUGUACACGGGCCAAGGGUACGUCCAGCGCUCCUACUUUGUAGGGCCGCAACUGCAAUCCUCUGAGAGCCCCACAGAUGACUCAAAGUCACAGUACAUCGGUUGGCUUGACACAAAGUCGGACCAUUCGGUCGUGUACGUGUCCUUUGGCUCGUGCGCCCUAGUAUCACAUGCUCAGCUGGACCAACUUGCUCUUGGGUUGGAGGCCUCGGGGAAGCCGUUUUUGUGGGCGGUCAGGGCGGCCGAGAAGUGGACUCCACCCAAAGGGUGGGAGAAGCGUGUCGAGGACCGGGGGGUCAUCAUCAGAUCCUGGGCUCAAACAACUGCCAUACUUGCGCACCCCGCAGUGGGCGCGUUUCUGACGCACUGUGGGUGGAACUCCAUCCUAGAGGCAGUGGCCACGGGCGUGCCUAUGCUCACAUGGCCAAAGUUUCAUGACCAAUUCGUCAACGAGAGGCUAAUCAAUGAUGUGCUAGGAAUUGGGCACCGACUGUGGCCGCAUGGCGCUGGCUUACGGAGCGAGGAUUACGAAAAACAUGAGCUGAUCCCGGCCGACGAUGUGGCCCGGGCAUUGCUCACAUUCAUGCAUCCUGGAGGACCUGGGGACGUUAUGAGGACCAGGGUAAUGGACCUCGCCUCAAAGUCUCAUGGCGCCCUCGCAGAAGGAGGCUCCUCGCAGCAAGAUUUGCACCGCCUCGUCAACGAUCUCAUGGCAGCAAAGGUGGGGCGGAGCUAG